AUGGGUUGGAUAAUGCUCUUCGGCGCCUUGCUGGUGGCUGUUGCGCCUGCAUUGUAUAUAUACCUGGUCCCGUUGAUCACGCCGAGACUCCCAACCCUGGAGAACAAACGCAUCUGUCUCUUGAUUGCACACCCGGAUGAUGAAGCCAUGUUCUUUGCGCCAACAGUUUUGGCACUCACCAAACCGGAUACAGGCAAUCACGUCAAGAUUCUGUGUUUGAGUUCAGGCAACGCCGACGGCUUGGGCGAGACUCGCAAGAAGGAGCUGAUCAAGAGCGGCAUGAAGCUCGGUCUGCAGCAGGAACACGACGUCUUCGUCAUUGACAGCCCCGACUUUCAAGACUCCAUGACAAACGUUUGGGACAAGACCAAGAUCUCUACCCUCCUCGGCCGCGCCUUUGCGCCGCAGCUCGCCCGCCAGCGAGCCGCUGGCGAGGAACCCGACGCCAACAUUGACGUCCUCAUCACCUUUGACUCGACCGGCGUCUCUUCCCACCCGAACCACAUCUCACUAUACCACGGUGCCCGCGCCUUUAUCGCCGCCCUUUCUACCAACCCGCGCUGGCCCUCCCCCGUCGAUCUCUACACCCUGACCUCGGUCCCCUUUGCGCGCAAGUACACCAACUUCCUCGACGCCAUCCCCACGCUCUUCUCCUGGGCAACCACGGCCGGCAGCAACCCCCCGAAACCGCCCAAGAAGCCAAAGAAGGAGGACGACGAAAGCGAGGACGAGGACGAGGAAGACGACAACUACCACCCGACGGCGCUCGUGUUCCUCAGCGAGCUGGGCGCAAAGGGCGGUUGGGCCACGGCGUGGAGCGCAAUGACCACGGCGCACAAGAGCCAGAUGGUCUGGUUCCGCUAUGGAUGGAUCUCAUUGAGCAGGUACAUGGUCCUCAACGACUUGCGGCUGGAAAAGGUCGAGGCCGAAGAGGAGACCAAGGCAGAGGGGGAGGAGCAAAGAGAAGUUGAUGGCGUUUUUGCAUGGACUCGACGUGUUUUGGGUAGAUACCAACAUAUAUCGCCGGAGGUACAAAAAUCAUCAGCGUUGCAGUUACAGAAUGAAGACGAGGUACACCAGAUGAUGGGAACAGAUUACAUCUCCAAUUAUUCAUCGGUACCCAAUUGA